AUGCCACUUUUCACAUCACUGGUACUAUCAGCCCUCGGCCUUGUGCCAGGCGCGUUGGCUGAGAAGCUUCUGGCUUCGCACUACACUGGACAGGUCUACUCGCUCGACUUGGCAGUCAAUGGCAGUACCGGUACAUUGAAAUCGACCUCCUCGACAGGCGGAUGUGGCAAGAUGCCCACUUGGCUCGAGCUCGAUUCCGAUACUGGCACGCUGUACUGCUUCGACGAAUCUGGUGCGGGCCAACAGGGCAUCAGCGGCGGAGUUGCAACUACUUAUUCUGUCAACACGGACGGCUCCCUCAAGCAGACGGGCCAAGCCAAGACCAAGGGCGGCGAAGUCCAUGGAUCGUUUUACGGAGGUUCAGAUGGACGUGGCUUUGUUGCUACUGUAGAAUAUGACGCAUCUACGCUUACUACGUUUAAGCUUCCCCUGACUUCAGGUACUCAGGUAUUGCAGACGCAAAAGUUCAACAUGUCCGCUCCGGGGCCCAACAAGAGUCGGCAGACGGCUCCGCAUCCACACUCGGUCAUUACUGAUCCGACGAGCAAAUAUCUGAUUGCGCCAGAUCUCGGUGCCGACCUCGUUCGCAUAUUCAGCAUUGAUGCUACUAGUGGACAGCUGGCAGCUUGCACACCCGGCGAGGCAGGCGCCGGCGACGGGCCUCGGCAUGGAACCUGGUGGGCUCCCAAGUCCGGAUCCACCGACGGGCAAAUGCUGUACACGGUGAACGAGCUGGGCAACUCGGUCUCGGCGUGGAAGGCCACGUAUCCGAGCUCAGGCUGUCUGACGCUCAGCAAGACGCAGACCCUCUCAACCUACGCCGAGGGCAAGACGGCGCCGACCGGGUCCAAGGCGGCCGAGGUCCACGUGUCGGGCAACUUUCUGUACGCUGUAAACCGCAACGACAAGACAUUUGGGGCCAAGGAGGACUCGAUUGUGACGUACAGCAUCGACGCCGCCAGCGGUGCCAUCACGUUUGUCGAGGCCACCAAUGCCCACGCCUGGUACCCGCGCACUUUUGCCAUUAACAAGGCUGGCACGCUGGUGGCUGUCGGAGGGCAAACGUCGUCGAAUGUGGCAAUUAUUCAGCGCGAUGCAUCCACUGGUAAACUUGGAGAUCUUGUUGCCAACUUGGCCAUUGCAACUCCUGGAACAGAUGGAGGCGAAGAUGGACUCAGCGCAGUGAUCUGGGACGAAUGA